GGGCGGGGCCAUCUCGCAUCAUGACGCCCUCCUUCUCAUCCGCCGCUGGGUGAAGAAGAAAAGACCUCCGCUCGCCAAAUUUCAUGGUAAACGAAGGCAUAGAGUCUGGUCUUGGAGUUGUAACUGCUGAACAUAGUGAGCAAGGACCUGAAGCCUGUUGAGAGCCUCUUCUUCUGUUGGAGCGAAGACAAGAAGCUCAUCUAGAUCGCACAGCAGACUUGCGUACUUGAGGUGUCGCCAUAGUUCCUGUAUGCACCAACAGGAAGGCGGUGUCGAGUUAUCUCUCACACACACACACACACACACACACACACACACACACCUGCUCCAUGGAGAUAAAAGUGUGGCGAGGGCCCAGGCAGAGGUCGAGAUGAGGGCAGAGGGAACGCCCCAGCCAAUGCUGACACAACGGACUUAAAGUCGGCUCGCCGUCACGCGUCCUGCUGAUGCCCCGCCCCUUCACCAGCCUAGCCAUGUUGCCGAAGAGGAAGCUGUACGUGGUGGUGGUGAUCGCCGCCGUCCUCCUCCUCAUGCUCGCCAGUCAGAGUAUCCAAAAAAGGCAUUUCCUGUCUUUGUACUUGGACACGCCCCCCAGCCUGGCUACAUCCAGUGGGAAAUCCUUCCGUAGGGAGACGGCUCCUCCCAAUGGCGUCUCCGCUACACACGUUCCUCCCAGCGCCGCCAGGCACGAGGUGCCAAUCAAGAACUCUGAAGUUGUCCCCAGGCCCUGCAGUUGUUCCCAGUCCUGCGUCUCAGAUCUGGGCGCGUCAGACUGGUUCAGCCAUCGCUAUGAUCCCCAACAGCAACCCUUCCUCCAGGAUAGCAACAUGAGCUUGGACCCUGACGCCCUCCAGUGGUGGCUGAGCCUCCAGCGCGCCGGUAACGACCAAAGUCUACAGGACGUGAUGUCACAGAUGUUCAAGGUAAUUUCCUCGCCCGCCGGGGACUUCACGCUGGGGCCCUUGCGUUGUCGCUCCUGUGCGGUGGUGGGAAACUCCGGCAACUUGCAACAGUCCGGACACGGCAAACUCAUAGACUCCCACGGCACUGUGAUCCGGAUGAACAAAGCCGUGACUCUGAGUUUUGAAAGGGACGUUGGGAAUCGCACCACGCACCACUUCAUGUACCCGGAGAGUGCGGUGGACGUGGAGGGCGGUGUGAGUCUCAUCCUGCUGCCGUUCAAGCUGCGAGACAUGGAGUGGCUGACCAGCGCUCUGUCCACUGGGCAGAUCAAAAUGACGUACAUGAGGGUGAAAGACCGAGUGAAAGCAGAUAAAGAUAAGGUCAUGGUGGUGAAUCCAGUUUUCUUUAAAUACGUUCAUGAUCGCUGGACCGAGCGUCAUGGCCGCUACCCGUCCACAGGCAUGCUGGCCCUCAUCUUCGCCCUGCACACCUGCGACCAGGUGUCGGUGUUUGGUUACGGCGCAGACAAGCAGGGCAACUGGCACCACUACUGGGAGGAGAACCGCUACGCCGGAGCCUUCCGGAAGACCGGCGUCCACAGCGCCGACUUUGAGACUCAAGUGAUCGAGCAGCUGGCCAAGGAGGGGAAGAUCAGUCUGCACCUGUGAAGUCCGCCUGGACCCUCCAGCACACGCAUUGACCGUCCUGCGAACACAUGCGGACACGCAGCACUUCUGAUGAAGAGGAAGCGCGACAUCUCGUGAGCGUCCUCCGGCACUGAAUAACCAAACCGGGGGCAGACGAGGGUCCGGACUGCUGGUCCGUCUUGUGACGACAUCCACGUGCCUUCAUGACGCCACUGGGGAGUCUGCAAUUCUGCCUCACACCGUCCUGCAACCUCGAAAAAAGCCUUGCGCUGAGUGGGGAACAACCACAAACUUUAAAACAGUCCUUAAUUGACACUGUUUAGGGAUAACCUCUUUUUUUCCACUCCGAGCACUUUGUCUGAAGCAAAUGGCCGCCAUUUUGCUGCUUUAUUGUGCCCGCUCACACUGCGUCUUCGGGUGCUUUCGCACGGAAUUGCGAAAAUUCCAAUCGCACCUAAAUGCCUCACAGCAAGCCAUGUGACAUCACUCUCUUUCUCCUAUUGAUCCAACGACUGGCGCGAGAAUGUAAACAGGAAGAUAGUGAGAGAGGCGACACAACACAGAGCCAAAAUAGUUUGUAGGAGGUUGAAUAAUGAAGAGGACUUAAGUAAUUCCGGCUACAAUAUGCCAGCAGAUAGUGCUCUUUAAGGGGGGAUUUUUUUGUAUCCUCUCUCUUGAAGCGCUGCUUGAAUGAACACGUGAUAAACCGGAAAGAAACGCCUUGGGUAAGUCCUAGUUCUCUUUUUUUAUACAAGUAUCAGCAUUUAGUUCAGGAUUUGUUUUCCCAAGUUACUGAAUCGACGACAAAAAAUGUCUGGUUGCACUAAAAUAACACGCCUUUACUAUCGUCUUGACCACGUUUUGCCUUGUCACGUGAUGUCAAUGUUGGCCAGAAAAAAGCAGACGAUUUCAUCUGUGUUUUGCGUUAAAUGUUAUCAUAUCGUAAUCACUAGUAGCUCGUAAAAAAACUACAAAGAAGCAAGUCAAGUCGUCCCCAGUGAGAACAUUCAUGACUAAAAAUGACUGUUUGCUCUAAAAUAACACAUGAUCGUGUUGACGUUUUGCCUUGUCACGUGAUGUCAAUGUUGGCCAACAAAAAAAAAGCAGACAAUUUCAUGUGUGUUUUGCCUUAAAUAACGUUAUCAUAUAUUAAUCAUUAGUAUCUCGUAAAAGCCCAACCACAAAGAAAAAAGUCAAGAAGACGUCCCCAGUGAGAACACUCAUGACUAAAAAUGACUGCUUGCUCUAAAAUAACACAUGGUCGUAUUGACGUUUUGCCUUGUCACGUGAUGUCAAUGUUGGCCAACAAAACAAGCAGACGAUUUCAUGUGUUUUGCCUUAAAGAACGUUAUCAUAUCUUAAAUCACUACCAGCUCGUAAAAAGCCCAACUACAAAGAAGAAAGUCAAUAAGAUGUCCCCGGUGAGUACAUUCAUGACAAAAAAAUGUCUGGUUGCACUAAAAUAACACGCCUUUACUAUCGUCUUGACCACGUUUUGCCUUGUCACGUGAUGUCAAUGUUGGCCAGAAAAAAGCAGACGAUUUCAUCUGUGUUUUGCGUUAAAUGUUAUCAUAUCGUAAUCACUAGUAGCUCGUAAAAAAACUACAAAGAAGCAAGUCAAGUCGUCCCCAGUGAGAACAUUCAUGACUAAAAAUGACUGUUUGCUCUAAAAUAACACAUGAUCGUGUUGACGUUUUGCCUUGUCACGUGAUGUCAAUGUUGGCCAACAAAAAAAAAGCAGACAAUUUCAUGUGUGUUUUGCCUUAAAUAACGUUAUCAUAUAUUAAUCAUUAGUAUCUCGUAAAAGCCCAACCACAAAGAAAAAAGUCAAGAAGACGUCCCCAGUGAGAACACUCAUGACUAAAAAUGACUGCUUGCUCUAAAAUAACACAUGGUCGUAUUGACGUUUUGCCUUGUCACGUGAUGUCAAUGUUGGCCAACAAAACAAGCAGACGAUUUCAUGUGUUUUGCCUUAAAGAACGUUAUCAUAUCUUAAAUCACUACCAGCUCGUAAAAAGCCCAACUACAAAGAAGAAAGUCAAUAAGAUGUCCCCGGUGAGUACAUUCAUGACAAAAAAAUGUCUGGUUGCACUAAAAUAACACGCCUUAACAUGAUCGUCUUGACCACGUUUUGCCUGUCACGUGAUGUCAAUGUUGGCCAACAAAAAAAGCAGACGAUUUCAUGUGUGUUUUGCGUAAAAUAACGUUAUCAUAUCGUAAUCAUUAGUAUCUCGUAAAAGCCAAACUACAAAGAAAAAAGUCAAGUGAGAACAUUCAUGACUAAAAAUGACUGUUUGCUCUAAAAUAACACAUGAUCGUGUUGACGUUUUGCCUUGUCACGUGAUGUCAAUGUUGGCCAACAAAAAAAAGAAGACUAUUUCAUGUGUGUUUUGCGUUAAAUAACGUUAUCAUAUCUUAAUCACUAGUAGCUUGUAAAAAAAACUACAAUGAAGAAAGUCAAGAAGACGUCCCCAGUGAGAACACUCAUGACUAAAAAUGACUGCUUGCUCUAAAAUAACACAUGGUCGUAUUGACGUUUUGCCUUGUCACGUGAUGUCAAUGUUGGCCAACAAAACAUGCAGACGAUUUCAUGUGUUUUGCCUUAAAGAACGUUAUCAUAUCUUAAAUCACUACCAGCUCGUAAAAAGCCCAACUACAAAGAAGAAAGUCAAUAAGAUGUCCCCGGUGAGUACAUUCAUGACAAAAAAAUGUCUGGUUGCACUAAAAUAACACGCCUUAACAUGAUCGUCUUGACCACGUUUUGCCUGUCACGUGAUGUCAAUGUUGGCCAACAAAAAAAGCAGACGAUUUCAUGUGUGUUUUGCGUAAAAUAACGUUAUCAUAUCGUAAUCAUUAGUAUCUCGUAAAAGCCAAACUACAAAGAAAAAAGUCAAGUGAGAACAUUCAUGACUAAAAAUGACUGUUUGCUCUAAAAUAACACAUGAUCGUGUUGACGUUUUGCCUUGUCACGUGAUGUCAAUGUUGGCCAACAAAAAAAAGAAGACUAUUUCAUGUGUGUUUUGCGUUAAAUAACGUUAUCAUAUCUUAAUCACUAGUAGCUUGUAAAAAAAACUACAAUGAAGAAAGUCAAGAAGACGUCCCCAGUGAGAACAUUCAUGACUAAAAUGACUGUUUGCUCUAAAAUAACACAUGAUUGUGUUGACGUUUUGCCUUGUCACAUGAUGUCAAUGUUGGCCAACAAAAAAAGCAGACGGGCUCAUGUAUGUUUUGCCUUAAAGAACGUUAUCAUAUCUUAAAUCACUAGUAGCUCGUGAAAAAGCCCAACUACAAAGAAGAAAGUCAAUAAGACAUCCCCGGUGAGUACAUUCAUGACAAAAAAUGUCUGGUUGCACUAAAAUAACACGCCUUAACGUGAUUGUCUUGACCACGUUUUGCCUGUCACGUGAUGUCAAUGUUGGCCAAAAAAAAAAAAAGCAGACAAUUUCAUGUGUUUUGCGUUAAAUAAUGUUAUCAUAUCUUAAUCACUAGUAGCUCGUAAAAAAAACUACAAAGAAGAAAGUCAAGAAGACGUCCCCAGUGGGUACAUUCAUGAGUCAGCGUGAUUGCAGGGUGAGAGAUGGCCGCCAGAGGGCGCCGAAGUAACCACUUCCUGUACUGUGAAUGGAGAAAUCCUCGUGCUGAUUGUCAAUCUUGAAUUAAAAUGUGUGCAAAUGACAAUGAAGGAAAAUAUGGACCAGUCAGGAUUUUACUUUCAAUGCAUAGACUUUUACUUUCACACAUCUAUGUUGUAAAAGUCCUGUUUCUUUGUUUGAGGUCACAGGGAAUAGGAAAUAAAUAAUUCAAGUGCCAUGGAUACAAUUAUAGAGAUACUCACAAAAGGUUAGUGCCGGAUGAUUUUAAAAUGCACUUAGCUUGACGAGUAAACUUAAUUCCUCAACUUUCGAAUGCACAUUUCCAACUGGUCGUUGUUGUAAAGUGUAUACAAGCAUUUUGUUUACAACCAAAACAUGAUGACAUAACAUACUGUAACUACCAUAAUACAGGAGAAACUCAUAGGGUUAGCUUAUACCAGCAAUUAGAUGUUCAAGGUGAAACUAAUAAAUGACAUCAUGAAACUCAA